UCUGACUGUCAAGACCCGACAGACGCCGCUGACACGAGAUAAAGUUAAAGGCGAUCGGCGCGGCUGGGGGCAGAAUCCAGCCCGACGGAGAUGAAAAGCAGCUCCCAGCAGCAGCCGAGCUGAGAGCCAGGAGGCGGCGUUGGGGGAGACCAGCCUCUUGCAAAACAACGUAGGGGAAAGGGGGGAAAAAAACCCCACCAAUUCCAGGGGGCUUCUCUGCUCGGCGCCCGAGCCCGGACAGCGGCCCCGUCCCUCCGCCUCUGGCUCAGCCUUGCCGCGGGGCUCGGAUUUAGGGCCAGGGUGGAGGGGUCACUUGCGUUUGUUUAUCCGAAGGGGGUACAGGCCGCUGGUGGAGAAACCCCCUGCAGCUAGACAGAGGGGGGGGGCAAAUAACAACCCCCAGCCGCGCGGCCUGGGUCGGGGGGGGAGGAGGGCUGAGCAGGGGGGGCCCGAGCGGGUUUGGGGACGCCGCUGUCGAUGACUGCAGAGGUGCCGCAGGCUCCUUCCUCUCAGCCCCCUCCUCCCGCGGCGCUCGGCGGCUGCAGCCUCAUGUCCUCGGCGCUGGAGAAGCCGCAGCAGCAGCCGGGCUCGGCCAUGGAGUCCGCCUCCUCCGCCGCCGGCGGCACCCCGGCGGGCGGCGGCAAAGCCAAGAAGAGCAACGCCGGCAUCCGGCGGCCGGAGAAGCCCCCCUACUCCUACAUCGCCCUGAUCGUCAUGGCCAUCCAGAGCUCGCCGUCCAAGCGCCUGACGCUGAGCGAGAUCUACCAGUUCCUGCAGAGCCGCUUCCCCUUCUUCCGCGGCUCCUACCAGGGCUGGAAGAACUCGGUGCGCCACAACCUCUCGCUCAACGAGUGCUUCAUCAAGCUGCCCAAGGGGCUGGGCCGCCCGGGCAAGGGCCACUACUGGACCAUCGACCCGGCCAGCGAGUUCAUGUUCGAGGAAGGCUCCUUCCGCAGGAGACCCCGCGGCUUCAGGAGGAAAUGCCAAGCCCUCAAGCCCAUGUACAGCAUGAUGAACAGCCUGGGCUUCAACCACCUCUCCCCGGAGAGCUACAGCUUCCAGGGCUCGGCCGGGGGCCUCUCCUGCGGCCCCAGCAGCCUGGCCCUGGACGGGGGCCUGGGCAUGAUGAACGGGCACUUGCCCAGCAACGUGGACAGCAUGGGCCUGGCGGGACACUCCGUGCCCCACCUGCCCGCCAACGGCGGGCACUCCUACAUGGGCAGCUGCACCGGCUCCUCCGGGGGCGACUACCCGCACCACGAGAGCUCCGUGCCGGCCUCCCCGCUGCUGGCCAGCGGCGGGGUGAUGGAGCCCCACUCGGUCUACUCCAGCUCGGCCUCGCCGUGGGCCCCUUCGGCCUCGGCCGCCUUGAACAGCGGGGCGCCCUACAUCAAGCAGCAGUCCUUGUCCCCCUGCAACCCCGCGGCCAACCCGCUCUCCUCCGGCCUCUCCACGCACUCGCUGGACCAGUCCUACCUUCACCAGAACGGCCACAACGCCGCAGAGCUGCAAGGAAUCCCGCGAUAUCAUUCCCAGUCUCCAAGCAUGUGUGACAGGAAAGAAUUCGUCUUCUCUUUCAACGCAAUGGCCUCUUCCUCGAUGCAUUCAGCAGGGAGUGGAUCUUACUAUCAUCAGCAAGUGACAUACCAAGACAUCAAGCCCUGUGUUAUGUGAUACCAGGCAAAGAAGCCAACUUUUGGGGACACCCCCCCCCCAAUCAUGACACAAAGAAAACUUUCUAUGUGGAAGGGACUUCCCAAAAGACCCUCUGUGCUAAAGGGACAUCCAAAUAACUAGACUGAUUUUACUCUGGAGGUAUAUAAGCCAUCCGCAGAAGCCUGGCGUUUGGGAACAUUUUGAAACGAAUUAACACUAAGCUAAAGAAGCAGGGAUGCACGGUGCCUUUUUGGAAAGGGUAAAGUGAACACGGGGUGCUGUCUCUUUCCUUCGUUUGUAGCAUCGCUCGGGGGCUGUGAUCUGACUAAGUUUCCAAGAAUCACGUGUCUGUUUCAUUACUAAAACGAGCUCUUAUUUUUUAUUGAUGGGGUGGGGAAAAAAUCCAAAAUUGUAUUUUUUUUUAAACAUGAGUGUUAAAAAAACAAACCAAAAAAACAACCACCCGGAAACAAUGACAUGAAAGCGAUCGGGAAGGGUUUGCUUGGACCAGAACUCUAGCCACAAUGAGCUUUAAAAGGAGAAUGGAAAUCGUUUGGAAAUGACGGUCUGGUUGAGAUGUGUAACUGAAGGGUUAAGGAAUUGCUUGGAAUCUUCUUCAGAACACAGAUGGGAUUUCUGGCCAUGGGCUCUUCCAACCCCUCACUGCCUUAAAAAAAGAAAAAAAGAAAAGAAAAGGGAAAA